AUGUCGUCUACUGCAUCUGUAGUCCCCAAUGUUUCAUAUCAUUUGCCCAAGCCUGUUACACAGAAUUUCCAGCGCUUCGAUUGUGGUUCUGAUGGGUCAGUGUUGGGAUUCAACCAUCAAUCUUCUCAAAAUAAUGAUUAUGGGUCUACUACUAAUUUUAUGAAGUCAGAGUCAUCUAUAUCCGCUUCUAAACUAGUUUCCUAUAACUUAGAUAAUGCUUUACGUCUAUCAUUAAAGUCAUCUACAGUCCCGCUUAAUGGGCAUAUAUCAAAUUAUACAGAAAAACUGUCUCAACGACCUUUGUCUUUCCAUGAAUCGUCAGCCCCUCCUCUGGAUUCAAUAAUCAAGCAGAAAAUCCAAAGUUUACCCAGAUCUUUGAUCCUAGAAGAUUCAGAAGAAUGUAAAUCCGUCAAAAAAGUAUGUUCUCCUGAAAAUAAACUCCUAUGUUCUGAUGAUGAACUUGAUCAUUUGUGUCAAACCGGUGCUCAUUGUAUUCCAAAAAGAGCUUUGGGAUUUGGUAACUCUGGGAAUACAUGUUAUCUUAACUCUGUACUUCAAUGUAUUUUGGCUACUGGACCUCUACUUGCAUAUAUUAACCAUAAACAUUCAAACCCUAGUAGCUGUAUCAUAACUAAUGGUCGAUCCAGCCUUCCAAGCUUAAACAAAUCUCGGUUUUGUGUUUUAUGCGGUCUUUCUCGUCUUAUUAAUGAACAUCACUCUCAAAAUGGACGUACAAUUCCUUCUUACUUUGUAACAAAUGUUCGAGCUAUUUGUCCCAGUCUUCGUCCUUAUCAACAAGAAGAUGCACAUGAAUUUCUACUUGGACUUUUGUCAAGAAUGGAAGAUAGUUCAUUGGCAAGUUUUGGCAAAGUGUCUCGUAAAAUAUCUGAAACAAAUGUCAUCAGGAGGAUCUUUGGUGGUAUAAUACGUUCAGAAGUGACAUGUCAUUCUUGCCUCAAAGUUUCAGCGCGGGAUGAACAAUGCUUUAAUUUGUCUAUGGAUAUCACUUGCGCUCGAAGUUUACAGCAAUGUCUGUGUAAUUAUAUUCGUAGUGAAGAGUUAUCAGGUCAAAAUGCAUAUAAAUGUGAAAAUUGUCAUCAACUUCGACCAGCUAUGAGAAAAUGUACCAUUUAUCGAGCACCACCUAUACUUAUUAUCCAGCUUAAUAGAUUUUCACGUCAUCAAAAACUUGAUAUACGUGUAGAUUUUCCUUCAUCAUUUAAUUUACGUCCAUUUAUGACACAAUCAAAAGGUUUACCAAUAUUAUAUAAAUUAUAUGCUAUAGUUAAUCAUGAAGGAUAUAGUUGUCGUAGUGGACAUUAUGUAUCAUUUACUCUACGUCAUGGUCAAUGGUUAUCACUUAAUGAUAGUUUUGUUUCAACAACAAAUCCUGACCAUGUUUUACGUCAGUCACCCUACCUACUGUUCUAUGAAGCGGUUCGUAAUUCAACUAACGGUACAGUUACUCGUACAGUAACCUCUAAGGAAUCUUCACUCGACACUAAUACUCCGAAGCUAAAUAACUCCCAGUUACCUCCUGUUAAUGAUACAGUCAAACAACAACAGUCUAUUACAAAACCUUACUUAUCAUCAUCAUCAUCAUCGUCUACACAGCCUAAUCAUCAUAAAUCUUUUAACAUCAUAAAACAAACAAAUUUACCACCUGUUACCACAUCAUCUGUUAUUUCUCAAAGUACUUCAUUUACUAAGACACCAACAAUUAAUUCAUUGUGUUGCAGUAAUCCUACCACAAACACGGUAUCAUCCGUACCGAAAAUUGUUUUUAAUCCUAAACUUUCAUUAAAUAAAAUAAACAUCCUGCCCUCACCAAUUGUUCCCUCUACAUCGAUAUCAAAUGGUUCCAUUAAUUCACUGUCUUUUACUUCGAAGAAUAAAAAUAUUCAAGAUAUCGUAGAAUGUGGUAAGAAUCAUCAUUCAAAUAUUAUAUCAACAGUACCUUCAGCCAGCAGUAGUACUAGUGGUACGACAACAACCAUCUCUUUAUCAGCGGCCACUGUCCGGGAGUUGCUCUAUGGAAAAGAAACACCAUCAAAUUUAUGGACUGAACGUCCAACACCAAUAAACGAGUCUGUUUUAUCAUUGUCGUCGACUUCAUCAUCAUCUUCAACAAUAACAACAUUAUCUCAUUGUAUUAAAAAUCCGACUAGUGAACAAUCAUCAGUUACUCUUUGUAAUAAUUCAUAUAAUCUAACCACAAUCAGUACUACAAAGGUACAAACCACCUCAUCUCAAUUGCCUUCAGUUAAUACUACAGACUUAAAAGAUAAACAACAUGAAUUGACAAAUCCUUUAGUGGACUAUUCUUAUGAGGAAUCGGACAGUGAUAAAAAUGGUUCACCACCUCCUCACAAGCGAAGUCGAACAACAUACAGUGGCUCUGACUCUGGCAUUAUUUGGGUUCCCGGCAAUCAUAAUGAAGAAUCCAAAAAGCAUCAUACUUAUAAAUCUUCACCAGAUGAACAUAAACGUCAUAAGAAAAAGCAUAAAAGUCGUCAUUCGUCUAAACACAGUUCUUCCAUCAUAAUUCAUGGAAUGGUUCCGACGAUAACCAUCACCGUCAUAAUCAUCGUAAUCGGGAGCUCGAUCGUAGCAGUAGUCUGCCUCGUCCUUCUUCUCAUCAUCAUCAUGACAAACAUCGUCGCCGUCAUCAUCAUAAAAAAUAUCGACAAGAGUCACCUGAUUCUAAAAAUCACCGCUUCCAUUCACAUCAUAAACACUACAAACAAUCUCAUAGUCAUGAAAAUGGAUACAGGUAAAAAAAAAAGAAAUCUCACUGUUUAGUCUGCUGCUUCUACAUCAAACAAUUAUUUUUUGCAUGCAUUCUUACACUGAUGAAAUCUGUACUUCAAUCUCUUUCUAUCCUUAAUCAUACAUAUAUAAACACAUUGUCUUGAAUUGGCCUACCAUAUCUGCAAAGAAAAAUUAUUUUUCAAAUGGCAAUGCAAAAUGAAUUCAUUAACAGAGAUCAGUAUUUGUCUAUAACCUGGUGUGUAUUGCUUAUGAAGUCACCUCUCUAUUUCUUCAUUAUCCAAGCUUGUUUUUCUUUAGUUAUUUUAUACUUUCUCACUUUUGUAUUUAAAUGAGGUCUAAUAAUCCAAACAUAAAAAUGUACAGUUAUGUUCUUCUUUUUCUCCUUCUUUAAACCAUCAUGUUAUCGACGAAUGACGAUUACACAACCAAUUCAUCCAUAUGAUAUAACAUUGCAUACAUUAUUUAAGCCUAUAAAAAUUGAAGAAGAAAACAAAAGAAAAACUGAAAUGCAUUGUAAUUUAUUAUUUCCUAAAAUCCUACUAAAUUUUAAUUGAGGAUUAUAUAUAUAAAGUGGUUUUACUGCUCCAUUAAUUAACGUUCUGUAUUAUUGUCUUUAAUGUUAUUAAUUCUUUUUUUUUCUACUUGUUUACUUUAAAGUGAUGUCGACUACGCUUUUUCAGUGUUUUUUUUUCUGUACGUAGCUAUAAAAGUUUUCG